GCCUCAACAUUUAGUUGGUCUACGCGUCUAGACAGCGCGUCAGCAUGCACACAUCACACAUAAACAUCACUGUCUGGCAGUCCUGGUCAUUUUGCGUCAUCAAAGAAGAAGUUCCGAUAGAAGUACAGCCCCUGGACAGUAUCGUCCCGCACCAGGUGCCCCCUCGCCUCCCCUGCCUGCAGCUGCAGCAACGCCAAAGACACCGAGCACUUGAGGGCCGCAGCCACUUGAGACGCAGACAUGCCGCCGUUUCUUCCCGCCGUCCGCUCGAUGAGCGCCACCAGUGUGGCCGCCAUCCGGUCGUCGUCCAUGUCGGCCGAGUGAACCGCCAGCACACGACCGUUGGCGAACCGACGCAGCCGGAGACCCUGUGAGGGGUCGUCACACGCCUGCAUGGCCAAACACAACACAGAGAGAGAAAGACAUGGAAGUGUCGACAGUUCCUGUGGUCCGUGUGUCGCGCCAACCCACCAUUUGCAUAGCGGUGAGAAGCUCCUCCGGCGAUAUCAACUCUGACCGACAGAGAGAGUGACGUGAUGGUGCCAACAUGAUGUCCGUCGUUUUGUUGUAUGUACCUACCUGUGCCUUUCCAUCGAUUGAAGAGGCAGAAGAGGUCAUGCAGCAGCAGCAUCCCGUUGCCCCCGGAGAUGCCCCCGUUCUGAGCCGCCGCCACUGCCGCAUCAUCACCCUCCGCGUCGCUCAUCGGCUGGUCGGUGGUCGACGCCUCGGGAGCCGAAGAAUUGGUCACCGACUUGGCCAGCACUCGUUGCACAAAGGCACCUGCACACAUCCACAUCAAAUACACAACGACUGUUUGCCUCGUCUGCUCGGUAAUCUGCCUACCCAAAUCGUGUGCAAGGUGCUGAUAAUAGUCGUCGCCAGAAGCGCUUCUGGAAGCCUUCUGGCUGCAGAAACACAGCGACAUCACCCACAGUGUGGUUGUCGCUCUCUACCUCUCCCCCCCACUCGACCUACAGCAGUGUCGCGUCGGCAAGGCCGUAGUCGACCAUCAGCUGAGACAACUCAUCCCUGACGCGCAGGCAAAUCGAUCGCGUGUGGAGGAAUCUGAUGUCUGUGUGCCCCUCCCUCGUCAGUGAACUCACUUUUCGGCUUGUUCGGCUCCCCCAGCUGCGUUGCCGCUGCUGUAGGACCGCGACAAGUGACGAGCCAUCUCGGCCUGACAAUGGAUCAACAAACACGGCGAAUGAAUGGAUGUUCGGCACACAUGCAUUGGCAGCUGCAGGAUACCAUUUGGUUGGCGUUUUGUCUGAGGGCCUGGAGGUCGUUCAACGCCUCGCGGACUGUCUCCUGCACAGCCAUAGCAACGCAAUACACAGGGCACACAUCCAAUCCACCCAUCCAUCCGUGCAGCUCUCUGCUCUGGCUCACCUCCUGUUGCUGCAUCCUGCCCUCUUGCCUCCUCAACACACGGCCUGAAGCAGACAGACCAACGACACCCGUCCUGUCGCUGGCAGGCAGCUUCUCUUCUGCGUGUGCAUGCACGUAUGUGUACUGAGUCCGCCGACGUUCGAUUGCAACUGGUAUCCAUGGACCUGCAAUACAUCCCAAUCGGUGCCAACACAAACCGGUCCAUCGAUACAUCCAUCCAUCCAUUCUCUUGUUGUGUUCACUCACCUUCCACACAGCCUGCUGCAGGGCAGCCGUCACAUGGCUGUGCAGAGCAUCCAGCUCUGAGCGGUCCCCACACACCACAGGCAGACCCCACACACCACAGGCAGAGAUGCACCAUUGCAGCGAUGAAGCAACCGCGGUUGCUCACCCGACUCUGCGGUGCGGAGAGAUAUCGGUGGGGCGUCUGUUGGUGUGCUGGGCUGUAAGACCACCUUCCGGCCAUGAAACCAAGAGCUCUGCACAGAUACAGGCAGACAAACCAACCAACCAACACAAAAGCUUGCCGCGAUGGGUGCCAUCCAUCCUUUCGGCUUACCUUGAUCUCAGUGUCCCUGAUUCGGUCGAGUCGAAUGCAUCUCCAUGCCGAGCUGCCCUCCUCCUCCCACAGCAGCCGAUGGCUGGUGAGGCGCCCGUUCUUGCCCUGGGUGUAGUCGCCGCCGUGGCCCACCUUCCACGAUAGAGGGCUGAUCUUGGAGACCUCUUCCUCCCCCAGAAAGGGCGUCGGCCGCCCGUGGUCUGUCGCCACUUCAUCAUUCAUUUGCUUUCCUCACUUUUUUC